GCGGACGGUGGGUCUCCCCUCCCAUGUUUUGGCAGGUAAAGAGUGUUUAUCUGUUUUCUUGACGCUUUCUUCGUGGCCCUCAUGAAUGAUAGGCUCAUAACUCCGUGGAUAUUUGCUCUAAUGAAUAGUCUGCUCGUAACGCCUUAGUGUGUCCUCUACAACCCGGAAUACUAGGAUAUACAUAUUGGGAUGUAGGAGGGCCAGUGAGAGUCAGAGCUUCCCACCAAAUAAGGCGCAUGUCACCAAGGUGUAAAUACGGCGGCCAAACAGAAAGAGUUUGGCCACACACAAAAUAAGGAGUAAGAUCAGGGCUACAACCUAGAGGAUGCCUCUCCUAAAACGGGUGGUGUCACCCGUGCACGUGUCACGGGUGCCACUAGUGGAGGAGUGGGUAACUGACGAGAAUGGACGUGUUUACGCUGCCCUGCUGCCAGCUACAUUCCAGCCACAGGACCUGGAAGCCUUCACUAACCUCACUCUUGCAAACUUGAUUACUCAACUUUCAUCUCUGUCUCGACAUGCUGAAGAUUUAUUUGGGGAAAUGAUUGCAGAAUCAACAGCUAUUCUUAACCGCACAGUCUCCUUGCAAGGCAGAGUUGACAAGCUCUCAGUGAAAGUCAAGAAUUUAGAUAGCAAUGUUGAAGAAGUGUCAUUACAAGACAUCCACAUGCGAAAAGCAUUCAAAUCUUCAACGUUAUUUGAUCAGCAAGUUGUGUCCAGAGAUACCAUUCCUGCUCCCAUGUUAGAGACUUACCAAACUUGUGAGCAGCCACCUCCCUUACACCAGCUCAAUCCUUACAGGGACGAUGGCAAAGAUGGGCUUAAGUUUUAUACCGACCCAUCUUACUUCUUCAAUUUGUGGAGGGAGGAGAUGACACAGGAGACUGAGAGGUUGAAACAUGAUAAGAAACAAAAGCAUGCACAUGGAGGGGAGCACCAAAAUGAGCCAAGCAAACCCAAAGGAGAUGGGAGAAAUAAGAGUAAAAAGGUUCCAAGGAUGGCUUCCAAUACCCGUGAAAGACAAAAACAAUUGGCAAUCGCACAUGGUGAAUACAUUGCUUCCCAGCCUCAGUAUAGGACUCCUCCAUCCCAGAUCAAUGAGGGUAUAUAUGAUGAGUCAGUAGGAAUGAAUGCAACAGAUGGGCGGCCACUCAGACCUAGCAGCAUAGAGCUUCGUGGCCACUGCGGCAACUCACAUCCCACGGAAUCCAUGUAUGGCACAAAUUCCCAUGCUUAUUCUCCAACGCACGAAACAAACCAAGCUGCACCACCAUCCGAACACCCUGAAUACCCACCUCCUUACCAAGACCAAUACUCAGACUACCCACCUCCUCCCUACACUCCUGAUGGUGCUGUCUCCCAAGGUAGCACUCCUAGUCGUUCUGGUCCGCGAGCACUCGCUGGCCGCCCUAUGCAACCUCCACCAGACCCACCCAGCAAUAGUAACACACCAACUCCUCCUGGUGGCUCACACAGUGGUACACCAACUCGUUUGCGAGGGCCCUCUCAAGGGCGUGAGUUCUUGCCUCCACCACCUCCUCCACCAGCUGACCGACAGCAGCAGCCUCCCAUGGAGAACAUGACUGGAGGUGUAGCAACAAUGUCACCAGGACCAGGUCGCCAUGCUCAGCCUGCAUUCAAUCAUGAACCUGACCUGCCUCCUCCUCCACCAACUCCAGACAAAAGUGGAGAACCAGAACCCCCACCACCCUCACCCCCACCACCUCCUCCUGUGGCUCCAAUCCAGCCAGUAGGACAGAUGGUAGGGGCUUCACCCCCACCAUCACCACCACCUCUGGUACCAAAUGGCAAUGCUCCAGGAGCACCACCUCCACCACCCAUGCCGCCACUUAUAAUUGGGUCUCAAACUGUACUGAACAAACCCCGGAAAGUAGAGAAGAAAGUUCUUCCUCCUAUUGAAGUUAAUGGUAGAAGUGAACUAUUGAAGGCAAUUAGAGAAGGCAUUCAGCUGCGUCCCCGCGUAGAUGAUGUGAAGACAAAACCCAAGGAAGACCCUGACAGCAUUGAUGUUGCCUCUAUUUUACAGAGAAGAUUUGCUUUUGAAGUCAGUGACAGUGAAUCAUCAUCUGAUAGUGAAUCUGAUAGUGAUCAAUGGGAUGAAACCAGUGCAUAGAAUAAUUAAUGAAUAUUGAGUCUCCCAGAACUGUUAGGACAUAAGCUUAAAUAACAGAUUUUUGGGAGUCGGGAAACUGCCUUUACAUUAGAACGUAAAGCUUGCUAAGACGCUGAAAUGCAGCAACCAUAAGCAUUGCUGAUGUUCAUUUCAUUUUUGGCAACAGUUUUAGGAAGUGUACAUUUUUCAACCCUAGGAUGAUAUUACUGUACAUAAUGAAGGUAGUGUAUGAAAUUUAUUAUGAAUUUUCCUUGUAUUAAUCAAUGUUAAGAUGGCUAAGUAUGGCCCUGAAUGUACGCUUUCAAAUUAACGUGAACAGCAGAAUAAAUCCAGAAAGUGAGUCCUAUGGCUUGGAAGUGUCACCUGAUUACAGUGGAUGGAAAUUAAUCCCAUGUUCAACAGCACUUGGUGCUAUGGCAGACACUGUUAACCAUGCAAAGGAAUUACAGUUAAAUGUAAGUACUGAAAUCCAAGCACAGCCCAAUAGAAGAGUUCCAAUACUCUCAAAUAGUCAUGGAGGCUACUAAUUCAAAAUUAUUGCUGCUACCCCACAAAAAGCAAAAAGUUGUAGGCUUUUUGCCUUGUCAUGGAGAAUAUAUGUAAUCCUUUAUCAACAUUUGUAUAGUAGUUCCUUUCUUAUAUAUGCUUCAUUUAUGUGAUACCAUGUUAUUGUGCUGUCAGUAGCUACAAAUUUGUUAUGUAUAAAUUACUGGGUUAUAUUAAGUUAUAUUUCCAAAGAUAUCAUGUUUAUUAUAUAUAUAGAAUUUAUACUUCUAAUUUUCCUAUUUUUAUUUACAUCUGCAGUGAUGAUUAUGUGGGCUUGAGUAAAACCUCAAAACUUUUGUACAAGUUGAGUUAGUGAAGUAUUGUGAAGUCUUCAAACUUGCAGUUCUCUUGUAUGCAGAAAUAAUAAACCAUUAAUAUGCUUGAAA